GCUUGUGCUUCCUGAAAACACACAAGCCUCCACCCACCCAGCUUCUUUCUGCUUCCUCAAAAGAGACAAGCCCACCCCUGCUUCCAACUCCAACCCAUCCUCCAUGGCUGACGGCGAGGGCUGGCGGGAGGAGAGGCGGCGCCUCUACAAAGCGAUUGAGGCCCUCGUGCGCAAGACCAACCAGGACGUGGAGCGCCUGCUCGCCGACCGCACCUACCUCGAGACCCUCCUCGUGACCCACGAACUCAUCUGGGCCGACAUCUACUCCGCCCUCAACGACCGCUACUCCGCCCUCCGCGACUGCCUCGGCGAGCUCCUCGCCGGCAAGGACAUCCAGGCGCGCCACCACCAGAUCUACAACGGACACCAAGAUGGUGGCUUGGAGGAUGCGGCUGCUUUGGCUCAAGAAAACAAUGAGUUCAAGGAACGGGCUACUAAAAUAGCACGCAAGCUUCAGCACAAGGUGGAGGAGCUGCAACUGCAAGUGGUGGCCCAAAACAAGGAUGACCAUAUUGGCAGAUUGCAAGCUGAAGCUAAUGAUGCCAAAAUGAAGAUGCUGGCUAUGGAGGAAAAGCUAGAAAAAAUGCACUCCCUCAUCACUGAGAAAGAUGAUGAAAUCCAAAAACUCAAGAGUCAAGAUAUCAACGGGACACAUAGGAAAUCUAGGUCUGAAGGUUCAUCUGUACGGGCCGAGUCUGAAGGUAAUCCUCGGAGGCAAGAUCAACCUGAGACCAGUCAGAAUGGGCAGAAGACGGCGGCGUCCAACAACGGCGGUUUGGAGAAUGAGCAAGUAAAGCGUCCAGGCUCUCGGUAUACAGGGAGGACUAUCAUUACCUACAAUAGAGGGAAGAUGCCAACCAAGCCAGUGUUGGUUAACAACAGCAGUAGCGGCAGCGAUGACAAGGAUGACGACCAUGAGCCACCGGGGGUGGGAGGCACGGUGGUAGUAGGUGAUUCCCCGCGGUCUGCCAGCGUCGAGAUCGGGAAGAAGACAGCAUUCGUGCUCGGCAACGGCGGUAGCAGCAGCUACAGAAACGUUGACGAUGACGAUCUUGCACCCAUGUCUGACUUGGUUUCCAAACUAUUUCCCAGGGGAGCGAAGGGAUGUUGCGUAGGAGCGCUCGAAAACGGCGCACACCGCAACCGUGCAGAUGUUGUAUAAUGAGCAACUAAAGGCUCUCGGUAUGGAUAUGGAGUGAGGAUCAGUAGGACUAUGGUUUGUGGAAAAUAUUGUGCAACUUUGACGAUCAGCUAUCCCGUGAACUAUGCUUACUGGCACCAGUAUGUGCCUCUUUUAUUAAUUAUGAAAUGUAAUGCCAGCUAUGUAUGACAACUAUGUUAAUGUCAGCAAGUGUUGUCUUGAUCUA